AUGACCCCGCUGAACUAUUUUAUCCGAGAAAACAGGCUCUGGCCGUACCUGGUUGCAGCCAAAAGGACCCAUAAAUGCAACCGAUUUCGAAGACGGUAUUCCGGGUCCUCUCCUCAGUACAUUGACUCGGGAGCCGCUUCCUCUAAAGCCGGUCUCAGACCCAGUGUGUUUCGGAUGAAGGGGCCACCCGUCGGUCAAGAAGGGAGCCAGCGGCAGCGAGCCUCCAGCGAGGCUGCCCGAGGUUAUCCCUGGAUUCUCUGCUACGCGCGUCCUUUCAGGCGCCAGGAGCGAAUUGCGUCCAUGGAUGGCGACCACGGGCCAACGCAGUCCGACUGGCAGAAUGGUGGUUUCGGGCGGACGGGCCGGGGGGGGCGGGGGCCUAUUUGUGCCUAUUGGCAGCCAACUGGAAACGAUCUCUCGGCCAGCGCUUUAAGGAGACAGAAAUAUUUGUUUGAUGUAUCGACUCUCUCAGACAAAGAGGAGCUGGUGGGAGCUGAACUGCGGCUCUUUCGGAGAGCCCCCGGCGAUUAUUUCUCCAAGGCUCAGACAGGCCUGGCCCAUUUGCAGCUCUCGGCCUGCUACUCGAGCCGCCUUCUGGACUCCAGGACCCUGGACUUGCGGGAGGCGCCGGGCCAGGCCGGGGGCACCUGGGAAGUGUUUGACGUGUGGCAGGCCUUGCUGCACCACCGGCCUUGGAAGCAGCAGCAGCAGCAACACCGCCGCCCCUUGUGCUUGGAGCUGCGAGCCGUUGAGGGGCCUCGAACUCCCCAGCAGCAGGCACUGGACCUGCGCGGCCUGGGCCUGGGGCGAAGCGCGCGGGCCCAGCAGGAGAAAGCGCUGCUGGUGGUUUUCACCAAAUCGAGGCGGAAGAACCUCUUCGCGGAAUUACGCGAAGAGAGCGCGCAUGCGCCCCAUCUGGACUUGCAGCCCGCCGCCCGGCUGCGGUUCACGACGCGUCGCCAAAGGCGCACGGCUUACAACAACCGCCACGGCAAGCGGCACGGCAAGAAAGCCCGGCUGCGCUGCAGCAAAAAGGCCCUGCACGUGAAUUUCAAGGAGCUGGGCUGGGACGACUGGAUUAUUGCCCCUCUGGAGUACGAGGCCUACCACUGCGAGGGCGUGUGCGACUUCCCCUUGCGCUCGCACCUGGAGCCCACAAACCAUGCCAUCAUCCAGACGCUCAUGAACUCCAUGGACCCGGGCUCCACCCCGCCCAGCUGCUGCGUGCCCACCAAGCUGACGCCCAUCAGCAUCCUCUACACGGACGCCGGCAACAAUGUCGUCUACAAGCAGUACGAGGAUAUGGUGGUGGAGUCCUGCGGCUGCAGGUAGCGCCGCCCGCGUCUGU